GUUGGUUUCUUUCUGAAUACGUUAUGCCCCUUCUUCCAGUGACGUCUGCUGGUCUAAUGUCGACCCGACCAGUGUGCUGGAGGGCCGCAGUGCUCAAGGACAGUUCGGGACCGUGCACUACCCGCCGAACUUCCCUUGUCCAGUCAGAUUGUGAGGGAAAACAAGACUGACUGUAUUGGUGGAAACUAAAAUUUGCAAUGCCAUUUCAUUCAUUCAAUGAUCAUGAGACUGAUUUCCCAGAGGAAGUGGCUUUUUUUACUCCUUCUGUUCAGUGUUGUCUUUUGGUUGAUAUUUUGCACAUAUAACACAAAGGAAAACAUCAGUUGGUGGUGGUUCUACAAGCAAAAGCCAAUCUAUAAGAGGAACUCUAGUUUUACUUUGACUCCAUAUCUGAAAUGUGAAGGUGACGAUCAUUUUCUAGUUAUACUAGUUGCUACAAGACCGAAUGAAAUAGAGGCACGACAGGCAAUCAGAGUAACAUGGGGACAGGAACGGAUGUGGUUGAGCAAAAAAGUCUUGACUCUGUUUUUGAUCGGAAAAGAUGCUGAACAUCAGAGUCAUGGGAAGCAAUCGGUGGAGGAAGAAUUUGCUCAGUAUGGAGACAUAAUUAGCCAGAAUUUUAUAGAAUCUUACAAUAACCUGACCUUGAAGACAAUGAUGGCAUUUCAGUGGAUUUCAGAAUUUUGUCCCAAGGCUGAAUAUGUGAUGAAAGUAGAUUCUGAUGUAUUUAUAAAUGUAAAGUAUUUAGUUACGUAUUUGCUAAAAAUUAAUAAAAAUGUUUCCAGUGACUUUUUUACAGGCUAUCCCUUUAUCAACACUAAACCACACAGAGGUUUUGUUAAAAAGGCAUACAUUUCAAAAACUGACUAUCCUUUCAGUAUAUAUCCUCCAUAUUGUAGUGGCCUUGGUUAUGUUUUCUCUGGGGAAUUGGGUUUAAAGAUAUAUAACAUGAUGAGCCAUGUUAAACCAAUUAGAUUUGAGGAUGUAUAUGUUGGAAUUUGUUUGAAGAUAUUAGGUGUAAAUCUACAUAUUCCAGAAGAAGGGUUGUUCUUCCUAAAACAAGUGAAGUUUGACAAGUGUCUGUUCAGCAGGUUGAUUGCGGUACAUGAUGUCACUCCACAGCAGUUGAACAGUUACUGGGAGGAUCUCCAAGGAUUGGAGAUAAGCACCUGUUGAAUGAGGUGCAGAAAAUAUAAAAGCAUGAAAGUGAUGCAAGAUUGCACUUUUUUUUGGGUGUAACUUGACUGAGAUGGUUGUGCAGUGUACCUAGUGUGAAAACUCUUAUCCUGUAGGCUAAAUGAAUCCAAGUUUUCAUAAUGCUAGCUUGUACUAGCCUCUUGGAAUAACAUUUUUGCACUGAUCACUAAAAUUAUUGCAUCUACCAAGAGAAAUAGACUAAAUUAAUCCAUGGUGAAAUUUCUAGUUGAUCCUUGUUUUUUUUGCAUACUGUGUGAAAUCAGCUGAGUACAAAGGGUUUUGCAAUUUAAAACUUGAGUAAAGCAAAGUAUGAAUCAAUUUUCCAUAAUCCUUUUGAUAUGGUUCUAAUGAUCACUUUACCCAAACCUGGCUUUGUGUGCAAAACUGAGUACAGGCGACCCCUGCAUUACAGUUGUUUGGGAAACGAAAAUUAAUCCUUGCAGAAUUCACGAAUCACUACCCAAAAAUUUGAGAUACAGAAUAAUAUUCACUCUUAUGGAAUUUGUGGGAAAAAAAUGUAAAUAAAUAAACAGUUCUUUUCAGCAUGUGUUUCCUGAAGCAUGUGCAAAUGACAUGGCUUCACAUUACAGAAAAUCAUGAUGUGGACCAUUUUCUAGAAAUGCAAUUCCACCCCACCCCAACCCCCCCAUAAUGUGGGAGUUGCCUGUACACAACUAGAUUGAAAUAUUGAGGAUAUCAAUAUUUUUAUGGAUUACACCCAUAUGUAAAUUACAGGGACCAGGGAACUUGUUUUGAGUAUUUAAAUAUUUCAAUAUUUAAUUUUCUAAGAAACCUGUGUAGAUCAUUGAAGCAAAUGUAUGACUGAACUUCAUUUUUAAAGUAAUUUUCAAUUACUUUAAAAACGAUCUAUACUUCCCUGUGUAACCAAAUGGUGAACAAAUAAAGUAGAUCACAUUAAGACAAGUGGUGAAUACAUGUGUUUAAAAUUUACAUUUGGUACAGUGCAUGCACAAAAAAAUGUUUUCAUAGUUGCUUUUCAAAAGCUUUAAAUAUUGAUUUCUGGGCACAGAAAAGCUGGAGCACUGAAAUAUUUACAAUUCAAGCAUAAUUUGUUUAUCCUUGAAUUCACAAAACACAACCAAGGUCAAAUUAGGCUGUGUUUCCUCCUUUGUAGAACAAGGCAGACAAUCCAGUAAAAUCUAGUAAAAACUUGAAUGCACACUGAAAUCAACUAGUAUUGAGGAAUCAAAGCAAUUUGUUUGCAUCAAGAGUUUAACAAACUAAGUUAAUUUUGUGGGACUCAUUGAUAACUUUGUUUCAAAUCAUCCUUUUAUGCCUUUUGGUCACUUUAAAUGGCACCAGGUGAAAUGUUGGUGUUGAGUCCAUCAAUGUUACAUGCUGGGAGCGGAUUUCUCAACACUUUCACCCACAGUGUUAAAACUCCUUUGAUAAGCAUUUCAGUAAUUGGAAUAAGGGCUUGUGUGAGGCAUUCCAUUUUUGUUUGAAUGAAAAGGCCAAGUUCUGAUCCAUCCUUGGUGAGGAAAGUAUCUUGACCUUCCCAAGCUCUGGAGUUGUUACUCUCACAUAUUUGUUUGCGCUGGAGAAAUGCAGGUUUGCCACUGAAAUUAAACCAGAAGGACAUUGGGAUUACAAUGAAAAGCUUGAAUGUUAGCAAACAUAGAUUUAUCCACCUGGAUAUAAAUGGUUAAAACUGAGGAAAAGUACAAAUAAGUACAGCUAAAAUUAGUGAGCAAGAACCUUGAAUUAUGUAAGUCUGUCAUAGCAAGAAGCAGCUCCCACAUUGAGAAGGAGAGUACAAACUGAUAAACUGAGGUCUUGUGCUUGUAACAAAGAGAAAACUUUCCACAGAAGCCAGCAAUGCAGGUCGACAUGUGGAGAUUACCACCAAGAAAGCACAGUUGGUACAUCUCAUAAUCAGUAACUGAUUGUGUGUCUACAGCAGUGGACAAUCCAAAUAAAUAGUUAUCAAUAAUCAGGACUGCUAUUAGAACUGCUGUUGACAGACAAACGAUGGAGAGAGGAGGAUUCUAUUUAGUCAAUCAAUUUGAGAAACAUUCAUCUUAGAUUAACUAUCUGAGAAAUACUUGUACACUGCAACUAUUUGAUGAUUUGCAACUACUUGGUGCUGUGUGUAUCUGAAUUGAU